AUGUUUCACUCUCCAAAAUGUCUGCGCCUCACAUUUGAGCCAGACUUUCAGGCCCAAACUGAGAUACAGGGCCUGGCGGUGGCCCGUGUUCUCACAGCUGAGGAGGAGGAGGAGGAGAUUUCCUCCUCUUGAUCUUUCAAUUUCUCCUAUCCCUCCACCUCCUCCUCCCUGCCUUCCUCUCUUGUGACCCCGGUUUCCAAAGAGGAGAAGGAGGUGGAGGAGGAGGAGCCUGAGAAGGAGCCCGCCACAACACUGAGUCCUCCCCAGAACCCUCAGAGCCCCUGCUUCUUCUCCGUAACACGGAGCACAUCAGAAGGAGGCUCCAAUAGCCAAGAAGAAGAAGAUACAAGUUUCCCGCAGACCUCAACAGACACCGAAUCUUUGCCUACAGACCCACUAGAUGAGAAGGUAGCUGAUUUAGUGAAUUUCAUGAUCCUUAAGUACCGAUUGCAGGAGCCCGUCACACAGGCAGAAAUGCUGAUGGUUAUCAUGAAAAGGUACAGGAAACAUUUCUCUAUGAUCUUUAAUAAAGCUUCUAAGUGUUUAGAGGUGAUCUUUGGCAUUUAUGUGAAGGAAAUGGACCCCACCAUCCACUCCUAUGUCCCUGUCAACUCACUGGACCUCCUUACCCAUCAUAAGAUGCUUAGUGACAACCAGAACAUGCCUGGAAACAAUCUCCUGAUAAUCAUCCUGGGUGUGAUCUUCAUGGGGGGGAACAGUGUCCCUGAGGAAGACAUCUGGGAUUUCCUGAAUAUGAUAGGAAUGUAUGCUGAGAGGGAGCAUUUCAUUUAUGGGGAGCCCAGGAAGCUCAUCACCAAAUAUUGGGUUCAGGAGAAUUACCUGGAGUAUCAGCAGAUGCCUAAUCAUGAUCUUCCAUAUUAUUAAUUCCUGUGGGGUCCCAGGGCCCAUGCUGAAACCAGCAAGAUGAAAGUUCUGGAAUUUUUGGCCAAGGUCAAAGAGACUAACCCCACUUCCUUUUCAUGCUGGUAUUAGCAUUUGAGAGAUGAGGAAGAGAGGGCCCAGGCCAGAAUUGGCUCUAUGGAUAAUACUACUGCCAUGUUCGUUGCAUAG